UUUAAUAUUUAAUAAGGUGAUUUAAUUAUUUUUUGUGCAAAUAAAUACUUCCGUCCAUCAAGAUGAAGAGGAAGGAGCUGGACGACGUUAAUGCUGAUUUCUCAGAUUCCUCUGUCCUCUCCUGCUCGAAAGAUUCGCCGACUGGUGCUUCAAGAAUAAGAUUCGGAAUUACCGCCGAUGGUGGAGGAAGAACAGGUGGAUAUUCAUCCAUUGGUGGGUUUUACUGGUGGCGAAGAGGAGGUGGUUUCAGGUUGGAACCAAGAGAACGCUAUUGUCGUGUUCAAGCCUGUUAAACUAAUCCUUCUACAUUCUCCUUCCAAUUUCUCUGUCUCUGUGGAUUCUGACUUUUUCUUUGGAUUUAAGAAUAAGGAUUAUGCAUAUCUCUGCCUUUAUUUAUUUAUUUUCUCAUUAGUAAUGUCAAGUCAAAUAGUUUUUGUUCCCGUUGGUUUACUCUCUUGAUGUGGAAAUAUGUAUUAUAUGACCGAAAAGUCGGAUAUUUCAUAGAAAUUAGAAGCACCGAGUUCAUAUAAGCAUCAUCUGUUAAGCCACUGGAUUUGAUCAUAGGAAUCGACUUAUUAAUUAAAGACUAGGCUAGAAGUUUAAUGUAACAAUUACAAAAUAUGAGUCGAUAUGAUCAGUUGGAGUUUCUUUAUUAAUAUGGUGUGGAUUGGGCAGAAGGCCGUUCUAAACCUUACCCAGCUUAUGAAAGUGCUGCUGGGAAGAUCAGCAUAGCAGUGCUGGAAGUCUGGAACUUCCUCCUGUCAACUUUUCAAGCAAAGGGUACACGGGAAAAUUAUCAAAGAUGCAAAAUAUGAUGGCUUUCUCUUGAUUUAUUAUUUCCUGAGCAGCCUCUUAUCCUUCUUGGUCUAAGGACAUGCUGGUUGUUUGUGUGUGUUUGGGUGAUUGUUGUUUAUAUUUCAUUGUUUACUUUGCACCUGGGAUUAUUAAAAUAGCGAGAGUUGCUAUCUGCAGUCAAGCUGCCAUCUGCAGCUCCUUCUUCCUUGGUUACCUUCUGGAAGUAGGUUUGAACUGCCAUACCAGCCCUUUCAGAUGCCUUUUUGCUCUUCUUUGAUGAUUUCUUCUGCCCAUCAUUGCUGUCAGUUAAAUGUCUCUCCCUACUUCUGACUGCCGAUAUCCAUGCACAAGCUGAGAAUGAGGAUGCCUCUUUGCGUUCAUAAUUCUAGGAAACUUGGAAGAACAGGUGUUAGAAAAUGGGAAUGAAAAACCACAUAGCAGAGACCAAAAGGAAGUUCUUAAGGUUUCUCCUUAUUUUCGUGCUGCCACUCGGCAGCAAUGGGGGAUGGAUGAAAUAGAGGCUGGGCUCCUAAACCAUGCCAAAGAGCUGGUCUUGCUGUUCGAAAUGUCUCCCUCUGCUUCCAGAAGGUACCCAGGGAAGAAGAAGCUGCAGAUAGCAGCAUGACUAACAGCAAAGAUGGGCAGAAUAAGUCGCUAAGGAAGACCAAAACGUCAUGUCAAGGAGCUGGUCUUACAGUAAAUGUCUCUCCCUACCUCGACAAGGUGCCCAAGGAAGAAAAGGAAUCUGCAGAUAGCAGCUUAACUGACAGCAAUGGUGGGCAAAAGAAAUCAUCAAAUAAGAGCAAAAAGGCAUCUGAAAAGGCUGGUAUUGCAGUUCGAAAUGUCUCCCCCUACUUCCAGAAGGUAACCAAGGAAGAAGGAGCUGCAGAUAGCAGCAUGACUAACAGCAAAGAUGGGCAGAAUAAGUUGUCAAGGAAGACCAAAAAAUCAUGUCAAAGAGCUGGUCUUACAGUAAAUGUUUCCCCCCUACUUCCGGAAGGUGCCCAAGCAAGAAAAGGAAUCUGCAGAUAGCAGCUUAACUGACAGCAAUGGUGGGCAAAAGAAAUCAUCAAAGAAGAGCAAAAAGGCAUCUGAAAGGGCAGGUAUUGCAGUUCGAAAUGUCUCCCCUUACUUCCAGAAGGUACCCAAGGAAGGAGCUGCAGAUAGCAACUUGACUGACAGCAAUUGUGGGCAGAAAAAGUCAUCAAAAAAGAGAAAAAAGCCAUGUGAAGGAGCUGGUCUUGCAUUUCCAAAUGUCUUGCCCCACUUCCAGAAGAUAUGCAAGGAAGAAGAAGCUGCACAUAACAGCUUGACUGACUGCAAUGAUGGGCAGAAAGAGUUGUCAAAGAAGAGCAUAAGGCCUUGUAAAAGAGCUGGUCUUGCAGUUCGAGUUGUAUCCCCAUGCUUCUGCAAGGUACCCAAGGAAGGAGAAGCUGCAUGUAGCAACUUGACUGCUAGCCAUAGUGGGCAGAAAGGGUCAUCAAAGAAAAGCAAAAAGCCAUGUGAAAGAGCUGCUCCUGCAGUUCGAACUGUCUCCCCUUACUUCCAGAAGGUACCCAAGGAAAAAGAAGCCGCAGAUAGCAGCUUGAAUGAUGCCAAACAUGGGCGGAAAAAAUCUUCAAAGAUGGGUAAAAGAUCAGGGAGUAUUAGUAAUGUUCUCUCUAGUUCCCAAAAGCGAAGUGAGGCUUACCGAAGCAAAACUCCAGAUAACACAUGGAAGCCACCACGAUCUGAAGUUGGACUUCUACAAGAAGAUCAUGUGCAUGACCCUUGGAGAGUGCUGGUGAUAUGCAUGCUGCUUAAUUGCACAACUGGUACACAGGUACGAAGAGUUAUAAUAGAUUUCUUCACUCUGUGUCCUGAUCCAAUGACUGCCACUGAGGUAAAAACACAGGAGAUUGAAAACAUAAUAGAACCUCUAGGUUUGCAUAGAAAGAGGGUGGUGAUAAUACAACGCUUAUCGCAGGAGUAUUUAGGGGAUGAUUGGACCUAUGUGACUCAGCCGCACGGUGUAGGAAAGAGAUGAUGCAGCUCUUGUUGUAGAUACUAGGGGUGCUCCAACGGUCUAGGCUUCGUUAGUUUUCAGUACAGGUGAAUGGAUAAAUUUAUAACACUAUUAUUUUUAUUAAAUAUAAAUUUAUGUUAUUAUUUGUGUUAUAAAAAAAAAGGGGGAAUGGAUAAUGGCAUUUUAUUUAAAUAAAUGAAAUAAGAUUUAAAUUUCAGCUGAAUAAAUGGCCAAAUACACUCUAUAUAUGCACCGAAUUGAUAGCACCUUGGUGACAAGUGAUUUAUUUCAAUUUAGUAUAUAUUUAUACUGUCUUUGGAACAGAGCUCGAUAUACAUAUAGCCUUUGGGGCGUGUAUCAGCUGGUCGCCCUUUGGGGCGUGUAUCAGCUGGUCGCCCUUUGGGGGUAACUCUGCACAUGUGUAUGACCAGCAUAUUCAUUGCUCUUGGGCCGUUAGUGUUAUCAUAAAGCCUAGGAUGCCAGCAUUGCUCUCAAGUUGUCAGAGUUUAUUAUAUGCACCUUAGAUGCCAAUAUUAUCUAUAGGAAGCAUAUUGUGAGUGUAUGAGAAUAUUAUUGAUUUUAUGAUAAUUAGCAAAGUUAUUUUUGAAAUAUUUUUUUUACAGUAUGAAAUUUUAUUUUAUCUAAGUUAUGUGGAUUACAGCAAAUGAUAUUUAUUUAGCUGACAUAUAUUAGUAUAGCACCUGGUACUAUUAAGUGCCAAAACCUUGUCUAUUCCCCUUUUGUUAUUUAUUUAUCUGCUUAUUGAGUAGUUGUACUCACCUCUUAUAUUUUUAAUAUUUCAUAUUCUUUUUUGUCAUUCUUCUAUCAGCAGCCCUCAUUUAUUAGCAUUGUCCUUUUUUCCACUUCACCAGCUGUAGAGUCUAGUGGAGGUCGAGCCAACAUAUUCCUUUUGUAAAUUUUGAUCAUUUUAGAUUACUGUAUAUAUUAUCUAUGUAUUUAGGUUGCUAUUGUAACGGCCCGGCUUACUGGCUAGUAUUAUCUGUU